AACGAAAUCCGUGUGCGCGGCGCAAGCUUGAUAAAAUCCUGCACCAAGAAAACCGGUCUGUCUCUCUCAAUCUCAAUUUCCUCUCUCAGUUUCUCGCCCAACUUCCAAGGGGUUUUUUUUUGCGAUCAAUGACGGGGGAAUUGCAGUUAGAGCCGGCAGGUGCACGAAACGCUACUGAUUCUGACCCUCUUUUAGAAAACCAGACCGAUUCGUCGUCGCCGGCGAGUUCGAGUGAGAUUAGGAGUGAAGAUAUCGAGAAUGUUUCUGCUCCUUGUUGUCGCAUUUGCCUCGAAUGCGAUGGUGAAGAAGAUGAUGAGCUGAUAUCUCCAUGCAUGUGCAAAGGCACCCAGCAGUUUGUUCAUCGUGCUUGCCUUGAUCAUUGGCGUUCGGUAAAGGAAGGAUUUGCAUUCUCCCAUUGCACGACUUGCAAGGCUCAGUUUCACCUUCGAGUUGAAUUGUUUGAGGACAACUCUUGGCGUAAAAUAAAAUUCAGACUUUUCGUGGCAAGAGAUGUCUUUCUUGUGUUCUUGGCCGUACAAACUGUAAUUGCUGCAAUGGGAGGCUUUGCAUAUGUCAUGGAUAAAGAUGGGGCUUUUCGAAAAUCAUUCAGUGAUGGUUGGGAUCGCAUACUGUCAAAACAUCCUAUACCAUUUUAUUAUUGCAUAGGGGUGCUUGCCUUCUUUGUGUUGCUUGGAUUUUUUGGGCUCAUAUUGCAUUGCUCCUCCCUCAAUAGCAAUGAUCCACGCAUGGCUGGAUGCCAGAAUUGCUGUUAUGGGUGGGGUAUCUUGGAUUGCUUUCCUGCAUCUAUGGAAGCAUGCUUUGCACUGGUGGUGGUUUUUGUUGUUAUAUUUGCUAUUCUGGGGAUAGCUUAUGGUUUCCUUGCUGCCACAAUGGCAAUUCAGCGAAUCUGGCAGAAACACUACCACAUUCUUACUAAGAGGGAGCUUACUAAGGAGUAUAUAGUAGAGGAUCUUCAUGGCUCUUACACCCCACCAAAACUUGAUCCAGAACACGAAGAACGCUUGAAAAUGAUGAAGCUAUUGUAGCUAUGGAUGAAGAGGUGAAAGCCAUGAGACUUAUUUGAGUCUUUCAAAUUAUUCAGGAUACAAAAGAUACAAUUUAUUGAUUGCUCGGCAACUUUGUCAAAUAGAUUAAGGGUGAAACGGUGCUGACAUUUGUCUCUAAAAUCUCUUUGAUGUCUAGACCUCGUUAUUACCGACUGUUAACGAGGUAAACCGGCCACGCAAGGGUGCGUGUUCAUAAAUUAUCUGUGCAGUUAUAAAUUUGAAUCUUUUUUCCUUGA